UAGACAGUAAGAUGUUUGGUUUAACUGUCAACAUUCGAGCAUAUCAGUAGACAGAUAACAGAAUAAAAGAGAAGAGAGACCAAACUCACACAGUUGAGAAAUCGAACAGAUUGAUAGAGAUGCUGUCCUACACCUGGAUUAUAGUUACUAUCGUCUUCAUUCUUCUAAUAUUAAUAUAUCAAGCAAUCAAACACUUCGGUUCGGUUGACAAGUGUGCUGGCUUAGGGCAAGACGUCGAAACACUUCUUCAGCAAAUAGACCAUACAUGUGAAAAGGGUAAAAAAAUUGAUGAGUUAAAUCAAUGGAUUACAGCAUUAACAGCCAUCGCGCAUAAAAAGCGAUAAAUGGUCGAAAUUCCAGAAGAAAAACUCAGUUUUGAUGUGUUCUACUUUUCGACAUCACAAAUGCAUAUGCAGGAAAUAAACCAGUAAAAUUGACAACAUUUUUAAAUUUGGAAACAUGGUUAUGUAACAUAUGUCAUACAGAUUGCAUAUUUUUGGUGUUCCGUGAUGUUUGUUUCGAACUCAUGUGCGUGUGAUCUUAAAAUAAAUUUAAAUGAGUGCCUUUGUGCCUUUUUGUGUCCUUUAUUGGGUGCGAAGGCUUAGCUGUUUCUGAUGGACAACUAAUCAGGUGUAUAAAUGAUUUUUAUGUCUUUAAGACAAAAAACAGAGCACGUAGAU